UGAGACCCAAGUCAAGCAAAUGGUAUUUAUUUAAAGAAAAAGAAGUGCUUUAUUGCCCAAUGGCUUUAAUCCUGUACGUGAACUUGAAAUGGCCGUUGGGGGCAGUAUUGCAGAGUCGCCUUAUUAUAUCGGAAGAAGAAGAAGAAGAAGGCCGACUUCCGUGAAAACAAACCCAGGGCGUAACGACAUGGCUGCGAUGGCGGACGAGACUCCUGGGCCUGAGUUUGCGGCUCAGAUGCAAGAGCGACUUUUGAAGCGGGAGCAGGCGAGGAGAGAGGAGGCAGAGCGGAGGAAGGAGGCGAAGGGACGACAGGUGGUCGCUGAGGAGACCAGCGACUAUUUCUUGACCACUUUCAACAGUGAGCGAGCUGCCAUCGAGGAGCUGCUGACCGCCGACACCGAGGCGGAUAGAGCUGCGGUGGCCGGCAGGCUGGAAGAGGUUACUGCUAAAGUGACUCAGUUACAAAAAUUCCUCAAUGACAGUAUAUCGUUUCUGAACCCUCACCAACUGAAACGUUCACAAGCAACUCUAAUUGAUCUUCGAAACCGCCUGAACGAAGCGAAAGAAAAAGCUCACCCAAAAAAAAAGUUUGCGUUCCGAGCUCGGACUAAAGUCGCAGAAAAGGCAGAGACGCUCGAUUCUCUGGACGGAUCAGUCACAGUGACGUCUCAGUUUACUCAGGUUGACUCGGCAGCAUCAAGUUAUUGUGGCUUCACCAACAUCAGCGACGAGACGCUGAUCAAAACGCGGGAUGAGAUCCAGCACCAAAAGGUGCAACUGACCCACUUGACCAACUGUAAGGUCCGGCUCCUUGGCUCUCCCAGCAGUCUACACAUGAAGCACAUUGAUAACUGUGAGAUCCUGUGCGGUCCUGUAUCGUCGUCUGUGUUCGUGGAUCACUGCAGGAACAGCACGCUGGCCUUUGCCUGCCAACAGCUGCGGACUCACAACACCACUGACACGCAAGUCUAUCUGCACAUCACGACCAGGGCCAUUAUUGAGGACAGCAAGGAUGUCAGCUUUGCGCCCUUAUCCUGGUCCUAUCCCAACAUGGAGCAGGAUUUCGAAGCCGCCAGUCUUGACCCAGAGAAAAACAACUGGAAUCAGGUGGAUGAUUUCAACUGGCUGGCUGCUGGAACAUCUUCCCCUAACUGGAGUGUCAUUCCUGAAGCUGAACGGAGGACUGACUGGGAAUACUGACUUUUGUCCUGGCAUUCAAUAAGUCCGACUUUUGAAAAAAAACUGCGCUGUAGUAUUAAAUAAAAUGCACUAUGUUUAUCCCAUUUCGUUCAACCUGUCAUAACAAUAAAAGAAUCAUCAAAUCAAAUGUGUCGUCUUAACCAGACGUAACUUACUAAUGGUCACAGUUUAAAUUAAAGACAGAUUACAAUACGUCACCACUAUAGUCAUGUAUUCAAAACAUUAGAAAUGAUCAUUAUUACUGUAUAUCAGUUCACGUUAAAACGUGAAAAUGAGCCCAUUU